AUGAAUACACAUCCCAGUGGCUUCUUCAAUCACUUCUUCCCCGCCACCUUUGAACGGGCACGAAAACACAUCCAACUUCCUGCUGGUAUUGACACGAACCGAGACAUCAUCCUGAACAUUCUGCAUAAUCACCACCUCCUGGUACAGAAUAUAUGGCCAAGCUUUACUAUAAAAUCUAUCAGCUCUGCACCAGAUACAACGGUGUUUGCCCUUGAGAAACCUGUCUUCAUUGCUUACAUUAAGAAAGCGACGUUCACGAGCUUUGAUGGCGGUGUCACCACCUUAGAGGAGCUAGGGUCAUCCGGUAUCAAGGCUCCUGCACAGUCGUGGAGGCCGGUGCGGCCGGCAACAGCACCCGGGCACUAUUCCUUGGAAGAAAGUCUCACCGUCUCAGGUGAUCGACUACUGAGUUUUCUUUCCAGAUUUGAUGAUGGUGAUGGCUACGAUCGUAAUACGGAACGGUUGUUGGAAUUCCUGGCUCGGAUUGCUGCUAGGAAAGUUUCUAUGAGUGAUGUGAGUGAAGAGAACAGUGAGCAACAGUACUUCGAUGCGGCCAAGUUGAAAAAUGAUUAA